GGUAUAAAUAUGAUUCAGUACCGUGAGAAGACGCAUUCACGAGACAUUCAUUCAUUGUGCAAGAAGUAGCUCCACUUCUAGAAAUGAAGUCGUUACUUCUGUUGGUCGCCCUGAUCGGCGCGGUGUGCUGUGCAGCUUCAGUAGAAGAGAAUGAAUUCUCGGAGCACAAUUUCGGCCACAAGAUGUCGAGGCGGUCCAUCAAUUCCGCGGUGCCAGUCGGCGAAUCCAGCAGCCUCGCUGACAGGACUAGAGCUAGGAGAAGCGCAGAAGACUGCGAGAAGCUGCAGCUGUGCAAGCUGCACGCGCGCUCGCAGCGCAACUUCUUUGCUGCUUUCGAGCUGUAUUUUGUCAACAAAGAGAACGCGCGCCUCUGGGACCACCAGGCCCAUACGGUGGGCGAUUGCUACCGCCGGUACUCCUGCUAUAGAUAACAGUUCCAAGUUGGCUGACUACAAUUUGAAUUGUAAGAAGCUGAGUGUAUUGCGCAAGAUUAAUUUAUU